ACGCGACAUCGCUCAGUACGCGGACUCUGUUUUGAUGUCCUUUUCGGAAAGGUGUUGGUGAACCUAUCGGUUCAAUGCUUGUUGGAUCAAAAUCGUUCAUCGACAAGGCUCGGCGGAAGUCGGGAGCCAGUGGGUGAUGGAUGGCAUGCUGAUAUACACGCGGCCGCAGCACAUAUUGUUCUCGACAAAGCAGAGAGUACCAUAAAAAGAGACCAAGCCAACGCAAAGAAACUUGCCUCUGGUAUCAACGCGAUAACACCGGAAAAAUUCAAACAUACCAUCCACGCUCCAGAUGUCGGAAAUACGAACAUAGUCAUAUUAGAAUGUUGCAACGGUUUAUCUCCAACACAGGUGCAAAAAUUCUUCGAAAGCCGAGGAGUGUUGAUGAUGGUGUUUGAUGCCACGCGAGUCCGUAUUGUUUUGAAUUGGGGCGUGACCGAGGAAGAUGUGGAAAAGGUGUUGAAUCACUAUAAAGAUUUCGUUCGUUCUCUGAGUAAUUCUUAG